AUGAGAAGAAGAAGAAGAAAGAAUAAGAGAGAAGAAAAGAAGAAGAGAAGGGAACGAAGAAAAGAAGAGAGAAAGAGAAGAAGAAGAAGAGAAGAAAGAAGAGAUAGAAAGAGAAAAGAAAGAAUAGAGAGAAAAGAGAGACGAGAGAGAGAGAAAGAAGAAGAUAGAGAAGAGAAGAAAGAAGAAGAAAAGAAGAGAGAAAGAAGAAGAGAAGAAGAGAGCAGAGAAAGGAAGAGAGAAGAGAAGAGGAAGGAAGAAAACAAGAGGGAAGAGAAGAACGAAGAGAGAAGAAGAGGAAAAAGAGAAAGAAGAGAAGAAGAGAGAAAAGAGAAGGAGGAAGGAAGAGAGAAUAGAAAAAGAAGAGGAAGAAGAGAAAGAGAGAGAAGAAGAAAAAGAAGAGAGAAGAGAAAAGAAGAGAAAGAAAGAAGAGAAGAAGAAAUGAGAAGAAGAAGAAAGAAGGAAGAAGAGAAAGAAGAGAAGAGAAGCAAGAAGAGAAGAAAGAGAAAAAGAGAAAAGAGAAGAAAGAGAAGAAGAAAGAACAGAAGACAAGUAGUAGAGAGAAGAAAGAAGAAAGAAACAGAAGAGAGAAGAGAGAGAGGGGAAAGAAGAAAAGAGAAGAAGAAUAGAGCAAAGAAGAGGAAGAAGAAGAAGAAGGAAAGAGAAAAGAGAAAAGAGAGAAGAAGCAAAAGAAGGAGAAAGAAAAGAGAGAUAGAAGAGAAGAAAAAGAAGAAGAGGAGAGGGAAAGAAGAGGAAAGAAGAAAGAAGAGAGAGAAGAGAGAAGCGAAGAAGAGAGAGGAAGAUAGAGCGAAGAAAGAGAAGAGGAAGAAGAAAAGAGAAGAAAUAGAGAAGAGAAGAGAAAGAGAAGAAAGAAGAAGAAAGAAGGAAAGAAAGAAGAGAGAGAGAAGAGAAAAGAGCAAAGAAGAGAAGAAAGAGAAAGAGAGGGGGGGGGGGGGAGAAGCAGAAGAAGAAGAAACAGAGAAUAGGAAAGGAGAGAAAAUAGAGACAGAGACAGAAAGAAGCAGAAGGAAGAAGAAGGAAGAAGAAGAAAGAGAGAGGAGAAGAAGAAAGGAGAAAGAAGAGAAGAAGAAGACAGAGAAGGAGAGAAGAAAGAGAAAGAAAAGGGAAGAAGAAGAAGAAAGUAAGAGAAAAGAAAAAGGAAAGCCAAAGAAAGAAAGUGAGAAGAGAAAAGAAGAAAGAAGAAAGAAAGAGAAAAGAAGAAAGAAGAAAAGGAAGCAGAGAGAAGAAAGUAGAGAAGAAGAGAAAAAGGAAGAGGAAAAGAGGAGAAGAAGACAGAAGAAGAAGAGAGACAGGAAGAAAAGAGAAAGGGAAAAAGAGAAAAAGAGAAGAGGAGAAGACAGAAGAGGGAAGAAGAGAGAGAAAGAAGAAGAGAGAGAAGAAGGAAGAAAAGAGAAGAAGAAGAAAGAGAAGACAGAUAGAAGAAGAAAGAAGAAGAGGAGAGAGAGAAGAGAAAGAGAAGAGAGAGAGAGAAGGAAAGAAGAGGAAGAAGAAGAAAGAAAAGGAAAGAAAGAAGGAGAAAGAGAAGGAAGAAGAAAAGACGAAGAAAGAGAGAAAAAAAGAAAAGAAGAAGAAAGGGAGAAGAGAAGAGAAGAAAGAAGACAGAAGAGAAAGAAGAAGAGGAAGAAGAAAAAGAAGAGAGUGAUAGAGGAGCAGAAAAAGAAGAAAGAAGGAGAAGAGAAGAAGAAGAAAGAAGAAGAUGAAGAGAGAAGAGAGGAGAAGAGAAAGAGAAAAGAGAAAGAGAAAGAGAAAGAAUAG